GGAGCCGCCCGGGACGCAGGGAGGAGGGAAGGAGGCUCGGCCCCAGCUACCCGCGGCGCCGCGCUCCUCCACGCUCCGGGCGGCCCCUGCAGGUGCCAUGACUCAGCAGCCCCAGGAGGACUUUGACAGGAGCGUGGAGGAUGCCCAGGCGUGGAUGAAGGCUGUGCAGGAUCAGCUGCAGGUCAAUGACAACACGCAGGGGCCCCGCGCGGCCCUGGAGGCCAGGCUGUGGGAGACAGAGAAAAUAUGCCAACUGGAGCCCGAGGGGCGCGUGAAGGUGGACCUGGUGCUACGGAUGGCCGAAGCCCUCUUGGCAUGCUGCCCUGGGGACCAGAAGCCCGAGAUCCUGACCCAGCUGAAGGACAUCAAGGCCCAGUGGGAGGAGACGGUCACCUACAUGACUCACUGUCACAGCCGCAUCGAGUGGGUGUGGCUGCACUGGAGCGAGUACCUGCUGGCCCAAGAUGAGUUCUACCGCUGGUUCCAGAAGAUGAUGGUCACGCUGGAGCCCCACAUCGAGCUCCAGCUAGGCCUGAAGGAGAAGCAGUGGCAGCUGAGCCACGCCCAGGUGCUGCUGCACAACGUGGACAACCAGGCGGUGCUCCUGGACCGGCUGCUGGAGGAGGCAGCCUCCCUGUUCAACAGGAUCGGGGACCCCAGCGUGGAUGAAGAUGCCCAGAAGAGAAUGAAGGCCAAGUAUGAUGCAGUGAAGGCCAAGGCCCAGGACCGGGUAGAUCUGCUGGAGCAGGUGGCCCGGGAGCAUGAGGAGUACCAGGCAGGCGUGGACGAGUUCCAACUGUGGCUGAAGGCGGUGGUGGAGAAGGUGAAUGGCUGCCUCGGGCGGAAAUGCAAGCUGCCCAUCACACAGCGCCUCUCUACACUGCAGGACAUUGCCAAAGAUUUUCCCAGGGGCGAGCAGUCUCUGGAGAGGCUGGAGGAGCAGUCUGUGGGCGUCAUUCGGAACACCUCUCCUUUGGGUGCAGAGAAGAUCACCGGAGAACUGGAAGAGAUGAGGAAAGUUCUGGAGAAGCUGCGUGCCCUCUGGGAGGAGGAGGAGGAGCGGCUGCGGGGCCUGCUCCAGUCCAGGGGAGCCUUUGAACAGCAGAUUAAGCAGCUGGAGGCCGAGCUCAGCGAGUUCAGGAUGGUCCUGCAGAGGCUGGCCCAGGAGGGCCUGCAGCCUGCGGCGAAGGCGGGGACUGAGGAUGAGCUGGUGGCCCACUGGAGACGCUACUCGGCAACACGGGCGGCGCUGGCCUCAGAGGAGCCCCGGGUGGACCGGCUGCAAGCCCAGCUGAAGGAGCUCAUCGUCUUCCCCCAUGACCUGAAGCCACUCUCUGACAGUGUCAUCGCUGCCAUCCAGGAGUAUCAGAGCCUGAAGGGGAAGAGUGCCAGGCUGCGCAAUGCCGCGGGGGUGGAGCUGUGGCAGCAUUUCCAGCGGCCUCUGCAGGAUCUGCAGCUGUGGAGGGCCCUGGCCCAGCGGCUCUUGGAGGUCACUGCCAGCCUGCAGGACCUGCCUUCCCUUCACACCUUCCUACCCCAGAUCGAGGCGGCCCUGAUGGAAAGCUCUCGCCUGAAAGAGCCGCUGACAAUGCUGCAGCUGAAGAAAGACCUCCUGAUUGGCGUCUUUGGCCAGGAGAGAGCCACGGCACUCCUGGAGCAGGUGGCGGGUUCCGUGAGGGACAGAGACCUGCUGCAUAACAGCCUUCUGCAGAGGAAAAGCAAACUGCAGAGCCUGCUCGCUCAGCACAAAGACUUCGGAGCGGCUUUCGAGCCCCUGCAGAGGAAGCUCGUGGACCUCCAAGCCAGGGUCCAAGCUGAGAAGGGGCUUCAGAGGGACCUUCCUGGAAAACAGGCCCAGCUCUCAAGGUUACAGGGGCUGCAGGAAGAGGGGCUGGACCUGGGGGCACAGAUGGAGGCUGCGAGGCCUCUGGUCCAGGAGAAUCCCAAUCACCAGCACAAAAUGGACCAGCUUUCCUCCAACUUCCAGGCCCUGCAGAGGUCUCUGGAGGACCUUGUGGACAGGUGUCGCCAGAGCGUGGAGGAGCACUGCACCUUCAGCCACCAACUGCUGGAGCUGCGGCAGUGGAUCGCCGUGACCACGCAGAAGCUGGAGGCACACUGGGGAGAGGCUGGCCCGGGGGAUGCUGAGUCCCAAGAGGCCGAGUUUGAGAGGCUGGUGGCAGAAUUCCCAGAGAAGGAGGCCCAGCUGUCCCUGGUGGAAGCGCAGGGCUGGCUGGUGAUGGAGAAGUCUUCUCCGGAGGGUGCUGCUGUGGUGCAGGCGGAGCUCAGGGAGCUGGCAGAGUCGUGGCGGGCCUUGAGGCUGCUGGAAGAAAGUCUGCUGAGCCUCAUCAGAAACUGGCACCUGCAGAGGACGGAAGUGGAUUCAGGGAAGAAAAUGGUUUUCACCAACAACAUCCCGAAGUCAGGAUUUCUCAUCAACCCCAUGGAUCCUAUUCCCAGGCAUCGUCGACAGGAAGAAGAAGGGAGCCAUGAAGAUUUCUCCCAGCUCCUGAGGAACUUUGAGCAGUGGUUGCAGGUGGAAAAUUCCAAGCUGGUUAGAAUCAUCGCAAUGAGGACUUCUACAGCCGAGGACUUGAGGACCAGAGAAUCGAAGCUGCAGGAGCUGGAGGCUCGGGUGCCAGAAGGUCAGCAUCUCUUUGAGAACCUCCUUCGUCUCAGGCCAGCAAGGGGGACCUCGGACGAGCUGGAAGAUCUGCGCUACCAGUGGAUGCUGUACAAGUCCAAGCUGAAGGACUCCGGCCACCUGUUGACACAAAGUUCUCCAGGGGAGCCGACUGGAUUCCAAAAGACUCCGCGGUGGCGAGGACUGGGCUCCCUCUUCCGGAGGGUGUGCUGUGUGGCGCUCCCACUGCAGCUGCUUCUGCUGCUGUUCCUCCUCCUGCUGUUCCUGCUCCCCAUCAGGGAAGAGGACCGCAGCUGCACCCUGGCCAACAACUUCGCCCGCUCCUUCACGCUCAUGCUGCGCUACAAUGGCCCGCCACCCACCUAAUCCACUGGGGCACACAGGUGACUUUGUUCUCCAACCUCCAGCAGUCCCAGGGCCCCUCCUGAGGAUGCCCGCCAGGGAAACUGGAAACAGGGGCAGGCCAAAGACUGCAGAGCUGCAUCCAUAUCAGUGCUGUGUCAGCAUUCCCAGAACAGACUUACUUUUUAUACAGUGUUGUCUUAGUCUAUUUAUACCAAAUGUGUACUACAUGUGACUAGGGAACAAUGUCUAGAAUUUUUAUAUGAUCUGUAUGUAAAUGCUCAGUAUGUAUAGUUUCAUAUAUGAGGUCUAUUUGGAGUUGGGAAAAUUCCUAGCAGUGUCUCCCUCCAAUGGGAUUUUGUGGUAUUGUUGACUUGGUCUGCAGUCAACUCUAGAAAGCAAGAACAAUAACCUGUCACUUUCAUGGCAGCCUCCUCUCCAAAGCCAAUCCCAGAACUCAGAUGUAAUGAAAGGCCUCUGAGCUGCAAUGCAGAAGAGCGGCACAGACCCUCACUCGGCGCCCAGCGACUCUGGCUUUAUGCAUAAUGAGAACAAGUAUGCUUGUCUAGUUUUAACAACCACAGAGAGUAGCUGCCACGUACGAGAAGUAGAAAUGGCAAUGACCAGAGGCAGGAACAGUGAUAGCAGUGACAAGUGACAGAGUGAUAUCAAGGGAGAAAAAGAAGAGCUGCAGAGAGCAGAUCCCCGAACUAAGAAAGUACAGCCGCGUGGAGGCAUCGCGUGCGGGACCCCUAACCCCGGCUCUCAGCGGCUUCUGAUCACACAGACCUGUGAGGACUGUCCCUGGUGAUGACACCGAGCCCCCGUGAAACGGUGAGAUCCUGUGCUGUGUGUUUCAUUCAGGGGGAAAGGGAAGAAGACAGGCUUUAUUUUUAAGAUUUCCAUGCAGAAUGGUGAGGCACACUCCGUGAGCAGCAUCCACUAGCAGUGCCCAGGAAAGAUGCAUUUCCUCUGUCGCUCUUGGACUGAGUUUUCAUCAUCGAGAGCUCAAGCUGCAGGACAGAAGGGAAGCGUCUGCCAUGCCAGGGGCCAGGGAUCGAGGGUCCAGGACAGAGGUGAGAGAAUCUGCUUUGGAGUUCGGCCUGUCUCAAGGGCUCUCCUUCCCCUUCCCAGAAAGGACUCUGGAGACAGCAGGUCCACGGGGCCAAGAAGGUCUCACAGGCAUUCUCAUAUGGGACUAGGGCCCAGGCCACCCCAAACCAGGCCCUCUCCAGCCAGGUGUAGGCGAGCUGGGCUCCAUGCACCACCUGAGCUGGGGCUGCGGUGACUCCAUGUGAGUUCCCAAGGCCAGAAACUCAUCCCUUCCUUGCCAGGGAACUCUGGGAUGGUUCCUAAGUGCUUAGCAACUGGAUCAUGUUUGUCCUAAAUCAACACUAAAUUUUCCCCUUAAAAAAAUACUUAAUGCCCACUCUUUACAAAUGGAUUUUGUCUGUUCAACUACAAAUAGGAGCUUCAGAGGGGAUUUCCUUGGACUUCUAUCUGGCUUUGGAAUCAUAAGGUAUUAUAGACCCAGAAAGGCCCUUUAAGUAGAGAGGAAACUGAGGCCCUAAGAGGGCCUGACGCCCAGCACCACUGCUGUCUCACACACACUGACCCUUGGCCUUUCACCGUGAGCUCUGCCCUUGGGAGCCCCGGCCCUUGGCAACCAGGAUAUUCACGGGCAGGAAACGCGUGCUGCCAAGGAGAGCCCUCGGGCCUGACUCAGAAAGCAUACUUUUGUUUUUCUUUUAACUCUCCUAUAUUUGUUAUAGCUUUAAGCAGAAUGUGACUUGGGCAGUAUAUUUCCAUCCACAAGCCUGGCUCUGAGUUAUUAUUAUUAUUAUUGAGAUGGAGUUUUGCUCUUUUUGCCCAGGCGGGAGUGCAGUGAUGUGAUCUCGGCUCACUGUAACCUCUACCUCCCAGGUUCAAGUGAUUCUCCUGUCUCAGCCUCCCGAAUAGCUGGGAUGACAGGCAUCUGCCACCACACCCAGCUAAUUUUUGUAUUUUUAGUAGAGACGGGAUUUCACCAUGUUGGCCAGGCUGGUCUCAAACUCCUGACCUCAGGUGAUCUGCCCGCCUCAGCCUCUCAAAGUGCUGGGAUUACAGGCAUGAGCCACCAUGCCUGGCCAUUUUUUUUUUUUUUUUUUUGAACAGCUUUAUGAUAAGCUGUAGGCUUAUAAUUCUGCUCCUCCAAACAAUACUUUUCUCUGGAAAACAAGCCCUGUGGACGCUCCAUCCUUCCAUCAAGUUCCUUCCCUCAAGUUGCUUCAGUUUAACUUAUUUCUACAGGACCAGUACAUGCAGCAUUGGCAACUACAGGGGAUGAAAAGUUCAAAAAGUGGAUCCUACAACCCUGUGGCUUGGUUUCCAAAUAUCUGGAGAAAUACGUGAUUUCACAGAAGAAGAGAAAGCACACUUUUCCCCAGAUAUCUGGAAACCAAGCCAGAGGGCCGUUCUCUGCAGGCGACCAUCUUACUGGAAAACCAGGGGCUGAGCGAGCCCAGGCAGCCGUGCACAGAUGUCCAGUCCUGGAAGUCAGAGCUGUGGUGCGGGGGGCUUGCCAGGUUUCUGCUCUCCUAUGUCACAGGUGAGAAAGCUGAGGCCCGGAAUGGGGAAGAAACUGAUCCAUGGCCACACAGUGAGAGGCAGCAAGGCCAGAGCCCAACUGGCCCCACGGCCCUCAGGCGGUGCCCUGCUCACUGUGGUGUGAUUUCUGCGUGUCGGCAACUACAGGAACAAAACAGCCACCGGGCAUGUGUGCAGCCUGUCACAUAUACCACAUACUGGGGAAGGAGAAGCUGGAACAUGCGGGCAGGGGUGGGGAUAUCUACCUAUAUUUUUAAAAUUUUGAUAAUGAUGCCAUCAAGUCUGCUUGUCUGCAUAACUGUUUUUUAAAAAAGAAUUGCUAUUUUCAGUACUUUCUUAUAAAUAUACUUGUAAUAUGACGUAACAGCCCAAUUACUGGUGCUUCCAAGCACAAGUGCAAUCUCCUUUGCUUAAAGGCGAGCCAGGCGAUUGAUUGUUCUUAUGACUUUAGUUUCUAGCCUCUUUAACAGCCAUGCAGAGCUUUAAGGUGCUGCCUGAAAAGGUGGCGCUGUGGCACGUGUGUGUGUGUGUGUGUGUGUGUGUGUGUCUUGUUCAUCUGUCUCCAAAAUGAAAGGGGUCUUAGAGUUUAUAAGAAUUGGUACUCUGAUGGCCCAACACAGGGUGUGUGUGUGCGUGUGUGUGUGUGUGUGUCAGAGAGAGAGAGACAGGAGGGGAGGGGAGGAGGGAGAGAGAGCCACCAGUGGGUCGGUUGAUGAAUUAGUUAUCCCUGCUUACCUGUCCCUCCCACCCCUUUCUUAACCCAUUUUCUGUAUGUGGAAAGGCACAGGCAGCACCCAGAGGGUGUUUAAAAAGAAGAGCUGGGAGGGGGUGGGAUGAGCAAGUACUGACAGCACACGAAGCCAGGACCCUGGGAGGUGCUCCGUGGUGGCAGGACAGAGGGAACACUGACAAGGGAGACAAAGAACGUGCUCCCUUUGGUGCUCGUGGGUGCGUGACCCCCUUGGGUGGCACUUUGCAGCCUCGCUUUGUGUAAUUCCCCCACGGACACCUGCCCCCAGGGUUUGAUACUAUUUUACCCCCAUGUUUGAGAUGGAACACUGAGGCCUAUAAAGGCCCUUGCUCAUGCUGAAGUGGGUCCAAACCCACAACAUGGGGCAGUGAGGACCCCAAAGCCCAGGCUGGAGGGGGGCUUGAGGCCGGUUCUACCAGGUUGCAGUCUCUGUAGCCUCUGGGAAUGGAGUUCCCUGGGCAAGCAGGCAGAACUCCCUGCCCAUCAGCUUGCCUGGGACAUGACCAGAGUGGAGCAUCCAUAUGUUUCCCCGAGGGACUGGCCCUCAGCUCUGAGAUGAGUUGCCACCAGCAGCACAUUCCCCUGGGCCAUCCAUCAUUAUCUUCACAUUGCUCACCUGGAAGAUGAGCCCCUCUAAUGUCUCACGAUGAGGUCCUCAGUCAUGAAUGACAGAACUCCACACCCCCAAUGCCCAGCACAGGAUAAGAGCUUCGGCUGUGCUUUGUUGAAUUACAUUAAAAACCCAAAGUCAAAUGUGUUUCCUGACACCCAACUCCCUUCCAGAGGAAAUGGGUCAUGGAUGACCUGACCCAAUUCCAUCUCUCAGGCCCCGUUUGCCUCGGGCAGGUGGCUGGAGCUCCCUGCAGGGACCAGGGGUCCAGAGAUGCUUGUCUCCGGGCAGCUUCAGGGGAAGGAAGCUGGGGACCCUCUGCAGCCUGGGGGCCACAGAGAAUGACAGGCAGAGGGCAGAAAAAGGCCUGAAGGUGGGCAGUUUGUGCUAACCGGGGGUUCCCUAAUGGAUUUUACUGCUGGCAAACGGGGACGGUGGCAUCAUCCUGCCCUGCUUUGCAGGGGAUGGGAGGCUGGGGCUGCCCACAGUUAGGGAAUAAAGAGGGGAUCUUAACUCUUCCAUUAGACUGGAGCCAGGCCUGACUGGGAGGACGGGAGGCUUUGCAGAAGCUUUGGGGACCUGCACUUUAUGCUGGUCUGGCUGGAGAGGGCAGACAGGGAAGUGGGCCGGAGGGAGUCAAAGGCAAGAGGUGAUGUCAGGCUUGAUGCACUGAACUGUGUGCUUAAAAGUGGUUAAGAUGCUACAUUUUAUGUUAUGUUUAUUUUACCACAAUUUGAGGAUGAGAGGAGAGAGAGAGAGAGUGAGAGCAAAAGAGACAGAGAGAGAGAGAGAAGAGAGAGAAAAGGAGGGAGGGAGGGAGGGAAGGAUAGUGAGAGAGAAGAAGAGAAUGGGAAUGGCAGGCUGUACCUUCAUGGUUCCCAACUUUCCUCCAAGGACAAGCACUCGUGGCUUUCACUGACCAAAGGCGAGUGAAACAAUAUGAGGGAACGCCUUGAGUUUUUCUUUCUAUAGGAUUUAUUUCACCCAAAUGCUGACUCUUCAUUCUAGAAUUAUGUUCUUCCUACUUCAAGGGUGCUCAAUGGCCUUUAGGAAAUGAGGAAUGGAUAAAGGUAGCUCUGUCUUCUUUGAUGGUUUCUAUUGUGUUUUGGGAGCCCUCAUUGGACAAAAUAAAAAGUUGCCAACUCUAUGUUGGUUUUGCUCCCAAUACAGUAUUCUUCCUGAAAACACAUGCCGUCUGAAAGUUUGGGAACCCGGGAGAUGGUUGGGAGAAGAGAGCAGCUUGAGGAUUGCUUAGUGCAGGAGUCCCCGAGGGAGAGAAGGAAAGAGAAAUGGGAAGAGGGACAUCGCAGAAAUUUGUGUCAACCGGGCUCAGGGGAGGCCAGGAGCCUGCCAGCUGUGGCCCCCCCAAAAAAAAACAAAACAAAAAACCAGGUGCUCACUGGCCCUGCCUUCCCACUGGCCAUUUGGAUGCUGUCCGGGGUCUGCAGCUUUCUCUCUUCUGGUUGGUGGGCAGACGUGCCCUGUGCCUCUUUGCAUCUUAAUCCAAUGCAACAAGCAUUCUCCAGCCUGUGUCAGGCUUUGUGCUGGGAGAUUUGGGGUGAGCAAAGCCCAGUCCUUGCCCUCAGGGUGCUCGCAGAUGAAGAAAAGGGUUUGUGCCAUUGAAGAUGCCCAUCUGGAUUGCGGUCAUUGCCCUUGACUUUGCCUAUCUGCCUCUCCAGAGGGGGCAGGCCCACUUCACAGAAACUGGAAGAGUCACACGGGGCAGACAGUGGGAGAGCUCAGGACAGGGCAUGAGAGUGUCUUGCUGCCUCUUGGAGGCCACCAUCAUGACUAUGAACCAUGCCGGGCAGAGGAAAUGGGUCAAGGCGGCCAGGGCAGCCUGGCUGGGCAGGGAGAGGACCUGGGCAUGGCAGAAGGAGGGGAAAAUAGACUGACUCGGCCUCAGGAGGUCAGAAGGAUGCUGGGCUGUGCUGAGUCUCAGAACAACACAGCUUGGGAGGCUCCUGGAGGCUUCAAGGUGGGGCCCAAGGCUAAGGCAGUGGAUGUUGAUUGUCAUUUCCAUUACUAGCCCAAUUAUUAGUCUGUCUUCCUGGUAAAAAUGUGUGGUUGGAAAUGCCAAACUGAGAAGCCCAUUUUUCCCCACUGGGGAUUGUCUGGGUUGGCAUGUACAUCCCAGUGACCAACAUGUCCAUGCUCAAGGAUAAUCUCUUGCCCUUUCCUGCCCCCUGCCUAGGAUUUCUCCCUAGAGGAGGGGAGCUGAAGGACCCCCAGGGAGGCUGUGCCUGUGGCUGUGAGCCUGAGAUGCCAGAGGCUUCCUUUGGAUUCUGUAAUCAGAGUAUUUUUCACUGGUGUCUGCAGUGAUCGCCAGGGAGCCUCUGUGUCCAUAGCCCAGUGGGAUCCUGCCCUCAUUCCCUCUCUCAUGGGGACUCAGCCAAUUCUCACCCCAAUCUGAUUGUCACCAGUCUAGGUCAGCAUUGGAGGGAGGUGUGGGCAACUACAGCCCUUGCUGCUUCCAAGACAGACAUCAGUAGUUGAUCACCAACCUUUCCCACACCCUACUCUUCAGCCCAAUGAACGUCACAGUCCUCAAAACCACUCCAAGCAGCUGCCAAUCAAUCAUAUUUGCAUGUGAGCAAAGCCUGUUUGACAUCCGUACACCUGUACCAGCCCUCUCGGAAAGCUCUCAAUUCUGGUCUCCUUUUCUUUUUUCUUUUUCUUUUUUUUCUUUUUUUUUUUUUUUUGAAUGUAUGUUAAAAUUAGGAUGUUCCCAAUCAAAAAUCACUUUUCCUUCAUCUAGUACUUGGGUGAGACAAACUAGCCCCAGAAAGCAGACAAUGGGAUGAACUGCCAGGUAGGACUUUUAGGGGAGGCAAAAUGGAUUAGGAAAUGCUAAGUUCUCUGUUGAAGGAGGAUACCUGGAUUUUUUAGACUGUCAGAGGUGGAGGGCUUCCAUAGACUCUCUUGUUCCAACUUUGUACCCAUUUUACAGGUUAGGACUCUGAGACCUCAGCAGUUCUUGUUUGGCCAGUGAGCUCGGGGAGUUAGUUCCAGGAGUGGGGGUCAGUCUCUGCACCCUCUGGAUGACAGGGUAACAUUGCUCAGCACUAGACAGGGUUGAGUUGGAACUCCGCUGCUGAUGGGCUGUGUGACCUUGGGCCAGUUCCUUGCCACCUCCCCACACCUAAUGAUAAGGAGGGAAGUCAGUCCUGGAACGUCUAGUGCUCCUUAAAAUAUUAGGUAUUCUAGGAGGGUGCAGGUGGGCUCACAUCUGGAAGAGAAAUCCCUAGAUUCAGCCACAAGUAACAGAAUCCCUCCUCCCCCGACCAACUUUGGCUUAAACCAAUGAGAGACUUUACUUUUCUCUCCUCCUGAGAAGUCUAGAGAUAGGCGGUUACUGGUGUCGUCUCCUCAGCUUGUGGAUGUCAGAGCCAAGGCUUUGCAACUCUCUUUCCUUUAUAUCACAGUCACUUAAUGGCCCAGGAUGCUUGCUGUACCUCCACUUUUUCAUCUGGGUUCCAGGCAGGAAGGAGGGGAGUGAGUUAGAUGAAUCUGCCCUCCUCAUGAGGAGUUUUCCUAGAAGCUCCACCAGCCACUUCGGUUCUCAUCUCGUUGGCCAGGACGGUGUCACAUGUUUUCCCCACAUCUGCAAGGAGUCUGGGAACACGCACCCAAAAAGAUGGGGGCCUCCUAGUAAGAAUGAAGGGUAGGGUGGCUUGGAGUGGGACUUAGCUCUCUCUGCUA